AUACUAGGGGUUGCGCGAUUUGGGAAAGAGACGGAGGACGACCGUGCACCCGGCGCGGAUGGACAGGGUGAAGACCCUGCGCGCCGCGGCGGCCAAGCUGCGGGCGGCGCCGUUGGAUGCCGCCAAUCAAGCAGGCGGCACGGCGGGCGUUCAUGAACGCCAAGGACAAGGUGGCCCGUGUGAUGAUGGUGGUCGACACCAUCUCCAAUGAGAACACCCCUGAGGAGGUCCUUCACCUGCUCUCGACCAGCGAGGUGGCUCGGGCUGCGCAACCGUUCGCGACGCGGUCGCUAGCUAGCGUCCAGGCCGCAGGACCUGCACCUGCACAUGUGCGUGCGUGUGUGCGUGAUAUCCUGCACCCACCGGCGCUGCUGGUGGACAGGGUGAAGACCCUGCGCGCCGCGGCGGCCAAGCUGCACAAACUGGCACAACGGCAUGCCGAGGGUCGGCUCAGAAGUGCGCCCUGGGGGUAAGGGGGCAAGGUGGAGGCCCUGGUGCGUACUGGCAGACGGUGGGCGGCCAGUCGCCGGCCCGUGCAGGGUUCUGGGCGUAGGGGCGCAGCCCUCCUGGGCUCGGCGUAUGGUAGGGUAUGGUUUUUAGUGUACAGCAUCAUGCCAUGCGACGCACACUGGUAGUUCUAACUGCCUUGAAGAGUUCCGGAACUGCUGGUACUACGGUAAUCAAGAUACCCAGGGGAUGUGUGAUGGGGCAGGUUGGCGAGGUCCCGUAGGGUGCAGCUGAAGAUACCCGGGGGGAUAAUUGGUUUCCGCGAUGGCGGUGACUAGGGCUGUGGUGACCUCCAAUAAUGUGAGAAGCAGAAGUCAGGCCAGGUCUGGCUGGACGAGGUUGAACGCGUGAAGCGAGGCGAACGCGGGGGCGCAACGACAUGAAGCGGCGGGCAAAUGGAAUCGUCGUGCAGUGCACGACAUUGUACAGCACACGGGGUGGAAGCAAAGGGGUAAGGGGGAAUGCGUGGCUCAAUGUGCGGGAGGGUGAGCUGGAGUACUCGCCCUGGAGAGGGCACCUAAUAAGCGUUCGCGAGGCCUCCACACGGAGCGCAGCUGCUGCUGAAUCUACCAGAGUCUGUGUGGUUCGCGCAGCACUGCACUCGGUUGCGUGCAAGCGCAGAGCUGAACCCAGCAGAGGGAGCAUUAUGGGUGGGCGGUGAGCAUUGCGCUGAGCUGGAAUGCAGCAAACCCGGCAUCCUACCUCCUUGUCCAACCCCCAGCACUGGCCUCUCGUCACGCCGUCUCACGCGUGCUGCAUGGCAGCGAGGAGGCUGGAGAAUGCCUGUGCUGCGCGUGGAAGCAGUCUGGGAGUGGCGCGAGAAGCAGUGCCUUGGCAAUAGCGCCGUUGCGGCGGAUCGGCGGCGGUGGCGGCGAGCCGGCAGUGGCAGCUCAGGAGCGCGGUGGUGAUGGGUGUGGGGGACUGGCGUAUGUAGUCAGAGGGCGGCAGGUGUUACAGGUGUUAACUCAUGACUGGCCACACUGACGCGUUCAGGCUGGACAUGCUGUGUCCAACAAGUGCUGACAUCGCAGCACAGUACACACUGGCUAGCUGCUAGCCUGAUGGCACUAGGGUUGCAACUUGCAAAGGUUGGCGGAAUGGCCGGG